AAUUAACGAUUAUUUUUGCACUGUAGAAACAUUAAAGUCACUUGAACUUACUCUAAUAAUCUAAUGCAUGUAUCGGUCCAUGUCAUAGUAGCAGAUUUGUGGUGGCGCUAACUUGUCAUGCAACGGAGUCUGCGCCGUCAACCCACGUGUAGAUAUUUCCUGUAAGAGGGUGGCCUGAUCAAAACACUGAAGGAUCUGUUUUGAAGUGUUUUUAAGAUAUGGAUGAAUUACCUGCGGACCUCAGAGCCUUUCUUCUUAACCACCCUUUUCUUCAGCUUACAGAUGGCAAAAAGAUCAAAUGCACUCUGAAUGGCCAUGAGUUUCCAUGCAACCUGACGGAGCUGAAGAACUUCACUAAAGGGAAGAAAUAUGAGAAACUGAGUGCUGCAGCAGAUUUCAACUACAGCCAGUAUGAACCACACGUUGUACCAAGCACAAAGCAACCCAACCAGUUCUUCUGUAAGCUGACCCUCAGACACCUCAACCGACAGCCGCAUCAUGUCCUAAGACAUGUUAAUGGGAAACGCUUCAAGAAAGCCCUUUCCAAAUAUGAAGAGUGUGUGAAGCAGGGGAUUGAAUAUGUUCCAGCCAGACUCACACAGAAAAGGCCCAAAGACUUCAUAGAGGAGGUCAGUCGGGGGAAGCCCUCAAAACACAAGAACAACUUGUGGGAACCUGCAUCCAGUGAAGAGGAUCACAGUGACUCAGAAGACAGCAUGAGUGACCUCUACCCUUCCACUAUGUUCACUGUAAAAGACAAGGCAGAAGAAAGUAUGGAGGCUAACGGGGAUGAGGAGGAAGAUGACUUCCAAACAGAUGAAGAGGAUGAAAUGGAGGUGGAUAAGCCGGUGGUGCAGAAACGCAAGAAGGCACAGGGCGGUGGUUUUCAAAAGAAAUUCAGAAAUAACCACUGGAAAUCAGGGCGUAAGAAACAAGGAAAAGUCCCGAAUGGAAAGUAAAAAACAAAAACCACAUAUGUAGAGUUUUUUUAUACGUGGGAUUUUGUCAGGGAGCAACGCUGCACUUCCAGACUGGAGUAGUAUUUCUGUCUCAGCUAGCCUGACCUUUUGUAUAGGUGAACAUCCGAUCAGUUUUUCAUAUUUUCUACAUAUGAAAGGUCUCUUUUAUGAGUUGUGAUGCUGCAAAGUUUAGGCUGGUUUACAUGACAGAAAAUGUGUUGGUGACAGUAAAUGCAUCACUUUGACUGGAUGUAUUGUCUAGUUUGCAACCAAAUGUGGUAGUAUAAAAUACAUCUCAGUUUGGAUU